CCGACAAUGGUUACAUCAAAAGCGACGUAAAGAUUUCAGUUUCCGUGCCAGACUGGCUCUUGUGUUAUAUUUGACCCGUGUCCGACGAACAUGCGUUGAAUAGGAAGUAUAAUUCUCCGCAGUCAUCUCGCAAAGAUACGUUCGUCAAUAAUUUGAACCCUGAGUAGGCGAGCAAGCAGUUGUUUAAUGCGUUGUUGUGCCGAUCAGAGAUUUGCCAAGAGUCGGAUCAUAUACACGGAGAAAAAUGGAAUCUAAAGGUGACCAAUUUGGAAGACGAAUGUCUUUCCCACAAGAUAACGCUGGCCAUUCAGUGUUUCCACGAAAACCGCGGAAUCUCAGCGUAGGGUCAAAUAAUAACAUCGAAGAGGAGAACAAAGUCAUCAGAGCAGCUGUGCUGGGCAAAGAUGGCGUUGGAAAAACCGCCUUCACUGUUCGUCUUCUGACACGUCGUUACAUUGGGGAGUACGACGGCACAUUAGAGAGCUGGUAUCAGCAUCGCGUUGAUAUAGAAGGACAAGAGGUCUUAUUUCAUGUUUUUGACACAGCUGGCAAGAAUUGCAAAGAAAAAAUUGAUACCUGUGCAUCAUUGGACAUCAUAUUCGUAGUUUACUCCAUCACUGAUCGCUCAUCGUUCCAAGAGGCCACCCUCAUCAUCAAAUAUCUACACGAAACAAAGAAUAUUCCCUCGUCAGCGAUUUUUCUAAUAGCAACGAAAGCAGAUCAGAAACGACACACAGAGGUGACAGAAUUUGAGGGAAAACUUUUCGCCGUAAACAUGGGUUGUUCAUUCCAUCAGCUAUCAAAUUCUGAAGAUUUUGCUGAGCACAGCAAGAUAUUGAAACAAACUUAUCUAAGAGUAUCCCUUGGACAUGUACAAAAGACGCCCAAGUCUCCACUGAUGAGGAGAUUGAAAGGAGGUUUCAAAAACAAGGGACAAACUGUCAUUACAGAACACAGGUACCGAUCAGGAAGUGUCGAAUUUUAGAGGCAGUCAGUUUCCAAUGAAAACAGUUCGCGUAAAAGACCAAGCUGAGAGACGGAUCCUUACAAAAUCAUUCCUUUUCAAGGAAACUAAAAAACAUCCUAAUAUUUCUAACAACCAAUUGUUUGAUGAAAGGUUACGAGCAUAUUUCCUUUCUCUUUUAAUUUUCGCUUUAUUUGAAAAAGCUUCUCACAAAUUUCUAAUCAUUACUCAUAAACUGACUCUUAUUUAGUUAGCGGCCAAAAAGUAAACAUAG